ACACUGAAACCUAAAAUUUGGAAAACAUCCUCGUCUGGCGUGCGAGGCCUGAAAACAAAUGGCGGCUGGGGGGCGGGGAGGUGGGGGAGUGAAUCAUUGGGUGAGGAGGCCCGGAUUCAGGAAAGGACCCUUGUCACUGUGCGUCUACCGAGCGCCCUGCCUGUCUCCUGUCUGUCUGCAGGUCUGGACGUCUGUUGUUCCCAGCACUCUGUGAAGCUAGAAAAGGAGAAGCCUGUCCAGAAGCCCUGCAGGUCUAUGAGAGGGGGGCACUGGCCGUGGACCUGGGGCUGAGGGGAGUGUGGAGGGCAAGGGCUGGGCAGAGUUUGGGUACCCCACAACUCUCCAACACAUACACACACACAGCCUCCCUCUCUGGGAGUAGAGAUGGUGACAGGGCCUGUCUGGGAAAGUGUUGGCUCAUGUGUGUGGUAGGAGGGGAGGCGGGGGCGGGUAAGGGGCGGGCAGAAGGCACACUUGGAAGGUCAGGCCAGGUUAAGGGAACCCUGACGAGGGCCCAGAUCUAUCGGGACCUGUGCUUUACUCCUAAGUCCUCAGUCUCCCUUGUUUCCUUCCAUCUCCCCCGUCCCCGCCCUCACCCCUCAAGACAAGAAAAGGAGAAUCUCAACAUGGAAAAAGUCUACCGUGAAAAUGAAGGAAAGCUGGACAAUGAAGGAAAAUCAAAAAGCCAAGUAGAGCCGGAAGAUGAAGGAAAGUCGGAAGAGGAAGAAAAGGCAGAAGUGGCGGGGCAGCCAGAAUACCAGGGGAAGCUAGAGGAUGAGGGAGAGCCAGGUGAUGAGGGAGAGCCAGAGGGAAGGAAAGAAAAGCAGGGAAAGCCAGGAGAUGAAGGGAAGCCGCAAGAUGAGGGCAAGCUGAAGUCUGAGCGAAAGCCAGAGAGCGAGCCCCGGGCUGCUGAAAAGCGCUCGGCUGAAGAUUACGUGCCCCGGAAAGCAAAAAGGAAAACGGACAGGGGAACGGAUGACCCCCCCAGGGACUAUCAGGAGGAUUUACAUGAAAGGCACUUGAGCAGUGAGGAGAUGAUGAGAGAAUGUGGUGAUAUGUCAAGGGCUCAGGAGGAGAUAAGGAAAAAACAGAAAAUGGGUGGUUUCCAUUGGAUGCAAAGAGAUGUCCAGGAUCCAUUCCCCCCAAGGGGUCAGCGGGGAGUCAGAGGAAUGAGGGGCGGAGGUAGGGGCCAAAGAGGCUUACAUGACAUCCCAUACCUUUAAUGCCUUUGGCUUUCAAUUCUGAUUCUCCCAUGAGAAUAUUGGCAGCCCCGCUUUCCCUGGCAGGCAUUUGCCAGGCUCUGUGCUCUAACCUACGCUGAUACUUGGCUUUAGGUGUCACUCUUGUUACCAGCAGCCUUUGACCCCACUGCAGCCUCUGUGUUUCAGUAGGGGAUUUUCACCCAUGUGCAUGAAAGAGAUGUUCAUGGUACCUUGUAAAGUAUUAAUAAAACACAGUUUGCAGAACCGCAUGUAUGGUAUCAGUCCAUUUUUAUAAAAUUAUGUAUCUGCAUGAUACAUCUAAGCACAGGGGAAACUAUGAAUGUGUGUACACUAGAAAGUCGGCAGUGGUCAUUCCUGUGUGAUGGCCAAUAAUAGGUCUUGCAUGUACUCAAAAAUGAGUCCAAUCA